GUGUUUUUCUGCUGUCAUGAUUUUGGUGGAAGGUGUUUUGGUUAUAUCGGGGAACGGUUUGUAACAGCAUCACAGCAUUCACGAGGAUAAAACAUGCACUCAGCAGCAGCCUGACGCGCUCCAGACGCGUGUUAACCCUGCCGCGUCGCGCUGCGUCGCGAGCUGAAGGCUGUCUCUGUGACAGGUGUGUGUUGGGAUGGAUCUGAAGGAGAAAGUGGCUGUAGUGACCGGAGCAGCUCAGGGUUUGGGCAGGAGCUUCGUCGAAAUACUCCUGAAAAACGGGGCAAAGGUGGCUUUAAUCGAUGUGAAUAAAUCUCUGGGAGAGGAACUGAAGAGCACACUUGAUCAGGAGCAUGGACGGGACAGGACUGAGUUUCACACGGCCGACGUCUCAUCAGAGGAAGACUUUAAAGGAGUUUUGGAAAAAAUUGUUGAAACAUUUGGCCGCAUAGACAUUUUGUGCAACAACGCAGGGAUCGUCAACGAAAAGCACUGGGAAAAGACUAUAGCAAUCAACCUGGGUGGAGUGAUCAGAGGAACAUAUCUCACUCUAGAACAUAUGAAGAAGGAAAACAGUGGUAAUGGAGGAGUCAUUGUCAACAUUUCAUCUAUUGCAGGUUUGGGGCCUCUGCCGCUGGCGCCCAUCUACACAGCAGCUAAACACGGCGUGGUGGGAUUCAGUCGUGCCAUGGCAGCCGUUUCCACGCUGGCUAACUACGGGGUGAGGAUCAACACUCUCUGUCCGUGGUUUGUGAAGACCAGUUUGCUGUCCGUCAUGAGCUCAGAAGAGCAUUUAGGAAGUUUCUUUCCCCUGAAGGGUUUUGCAGACACGAUGAUGGAGAACCGCGGCUGUCUGGAGGCUGAUGUUGUUGCCAAGGCCUUUCUUGUUCUUGUGAAAGAUGAGAGCAAGAAUGGAGACGUUCUGAUGGUUGAUCCCGAGGGGGCAGCUUUUGUUUCUUUCCCCGAACCGGGCAAAAACAUGCCAUCUACUCCGGUCAGUCUCCAGUAGCCAAUCAGCUUCGGUCUCAGCCGCUGGCCGGUGGUCCUGUCUGAGCAUCGGUGUACGUGGAUGGAUUUAAGGUUUCAUCAGAGAUCUUAAAAGAAGUUUUUACAGAAAAUCCAACCAAACCCUGGAGAUCUACAGCUUCCACUAAGAACAGCUUCACAUAGAGAUAAUUUUGACUAAAUCAGCCGGAAUAAAGAUUAGCGAAACAUUAAAGAUCUCAGAUUAAUUCUUUGGUGCUUCUUUGUAAUUAUUACAACCAUGGAUUUCAGCAUUUCUGUUAUUCAGAUCGAUCUGAGAAACAGCACAGCAUAUGAAAAUAAUUUUAAUUUCCAAAUACAAAUGCAAACAUCACAUCCUUGGGCUCCACUGUACUGUACAUUCAUGCAUUUUUACAUUUAUUGUGCAAAAAAAUAUCCUGAAAUAUUCUGAAUACGUGGUCCGCUUUCAAAAUGUGUCGAAAUAAAUAAGCCACUACAUGUUUGUGUUGAAACUCAACUGCAA